CUAACAAUGAAGUGGAUCUGUGUGAUAGCGAUACUUUUAUGCUUUACUAGUGUAAAGACUAAUCUAUCGAUCUUGACCGAUGAAAAAAACAAGACUUUAUCAUCAGUGGAGACCAUAAAAAGUGAAAGUUACGAAUUAACCCUACUUAGAUUGAUGAUUAAUCAAGAAACUACCCUUCGUCUUAAUUUGGUCAAGCACGUCCAUGAAUUGAUCAGUGACGUCAGUCUUAUAAAACAAAGUUUUAGGGCAAGUGAAACAACAAUUGAAGGGUUAAAACAGACCAUUGUGUCUCUUCAACGGGAAAAUAUGCAGCUGAAUAACAGCAGUAAUGCAAGAAUCAGUGAGCUGGAAACGAAAUUACAACGAGUUAAUGAGUACAUAAAUUCUGUGGGGGAACAGAAAAAAUCUAUAACAGGACUACAACAGACUAUUGAAACAUUUACCAUUCAGGUAAACUCACUUCAAGAGGAAAAUGGUGAAAUAAAGAAUAGAAGCAUAAACAAUCACGCCAGGCUCAUGGAACUAGAAACAAAAUUACGUACAGUUAAAGAGGACGUUAAUAUGCAGGUUAACUCACUUCAGCUUGAACGUAGUGGAUUUAGGAACGGAAUCAUAAACAAUCAUGCAAUGAUUAUGGAGCUGAAAACGAGGUUACAAACAGUUAAUGAGAGCGUUAGUUCUUUACAUGAACAUGUGGAUGUCAUUCAGAGAGAAUCAAACGGGGAAUUGUUCAACAGGACAAACGGUGUUCUUGGAGAUAUUAGGGUAGAAAUACGGAACCUUUCACGCACCUUUUCAGAUUUUAGAAAACACAGAGAGGCGGAAAACGAAUUAAUGGAAAACCUAGAGAAUCAUUUCAAUUCAUCACUUGGAAAUUCGACAUAUGCGAAUUCCCCAACUAGCAAAAAGUUUAACAGUCUUGAAGCUCAUUUUUCAGAUAACCUUUACAGAACGUUCGCACACUUUGAAACAAAUCUUAAGACUUUGAAGAAUGAGCAGGUUAAGCUGUCGUCUGCUGUGGAUUCGUUGGAGAAUGUUCACGUGAACAAUUGUAAAAAUUGGACGUUUGGAUUAAGCUGUGACGAAUGCGCUUGUGUUCAGUUACACAGCGAGUUCUGUGAUAAGAUAAAUGGACAAUGUCACUGUAAACAAGGCUACACUGGAGAUGCCUGUCAGUGUAAGGAUAACGGAGGACCCUGCCAACACCACAUAAGAUUGGUAAAUGCCGAUAAUAUAACUUCAAUGGGAAGAGUUGAAGUGGUUACGAAUGGUGUCUGGUCAACUGUUUGUGACGAGGACUGGGACCAUGAUGACGCUACCGUCGUCUGCAAACAACUUGGGCUUGGAAUGAAUGGAAUUGGUGUUUCACACGCACCAUUUGGAAAAGGCAUCGGUCCAAAUUUUAUCAGUAAAGUAGAUUGCAAAGGAAAUGAAACAGACGUAUUUAAUUGCUCCUUUGUAAAACUAUCCUGUAGCCAUGCCAACGACGCAGGGGUUAUCUGCGUUAACAAAUCAGAUAGCAUUCGACUGGUAAAUGGUUCAUUUGCAACAAAUGGUCGCUUGGAAGUAAGACUGGAAGGCCGCGGACCAUGGGCUACAGUUUGUGAUGAUGGCUUCACAAAGAACGAUGCCAGAGUGGCGUGUAGAGAACUGGGACUACCCACAAGACACGUGGAAGUUAAAGCCUCUGCUUUUUACGGACGGGGAUCUGGAUUUAUUCUCGUGAAUCACCUCAGAUGUACUGGAAAUGAAAGCUCACUUCAGUUAUGCCCAAAACAAAAUCAUCCGGUUCAUUGCGUUCAUUCUGAAGAUGUUGGUGUUUCUUGUUUCAAUGAUUGUCCAUCUUUUACCUAUGGAGUAGAAUGUGAAAAAACUUGUACCUGUGAUCAAAAUAAAUCUCUGUCGUGCGACAAGGAUACUGGGGAAUGCUUGUGCAAAGAUGGAUGGGCUGGUGUAAGAUGUACUUGUAGAAACAAAUCAGAUUGCGACGAAAACUCGUACUGUGAUGGGACUAGUUGUGUAUGUAACGACGGCUUUUUGACUAAAACUUCAAACUGCUCAGGUGAAGUUUUCGUUUCAUAUUCCUGUUCAUUUGAAACAGAUCUUAAAACGUGUUCCAUAACUAAUUAUGGUAAAAUGAAAUGGAAAAGACAUAGUAGAGGAACACCUAGUGAUAAUACCGGACCAUACUCGGCGAAAGAGGGGACGUUUUAUGUGUAUACAGAAGCAUCUGGCGGGUCCAAGGGAGACGAAGGAGUGAUGGAAAUUUCUUUAACAAAUCUAAAUCUAACAACAUAUGCUUGCUUCCAAUUUUAUUAUCAUAUGAGAGGAGAAGAUAUGGGCGAAUUAGAUGUCAUUAUAGAAGAAAAAUCUGGAUCAGAAGUCGGAAGAUGGUCAAGGUCGGGAAAUGUCAACUCCGAUUGGAACCAAGGAUUUAUAUCACUUCCGGCUAAUGCAGAAAUGGUAAAAGUAACUGGAAGAAGGGGAAGCGGCUUUACAUCGGAUAUCGCUUUAGAUGACUUAAAACUUUUCCAUUGCCUAAUGCCAGAUCACGUUGCCUUCCACGCUGUCGCCUACAGUCCUACAAAUAACGCUGUGGUUAUUUUUGACCACGUGAUUACAAACGUCGGCGGGGGAUACGACAACACCACAGGGGUGUUCACUGUACCCACCCCCGGGCUGUAUGUAUUUUCCUGGACCGUAGAGACGUACGGCCAAAGAACAGAAGCCGUGCUUCUUGUGAAUGGCGUACAACAAGCAUUGUCAAGGGCCGACGAAGCGCCCUCAUAUUACGACACGACAACGUCUUUUGCUGUUCUCAACCUCACUUUGAACGAUGAAGUUAAUAUCAAUGUCACAAUGGGAAGCGCACAAGCAAUGCAUACUAUGAUCUCAGGCUGGAGGAUCAACAAAACUGAUGAUACGGCGUUUUUUGCGUCCCUAUCACGAAAAGUUACUGGCAGUACCAUAGUCUUUGACAACGAAACCUUAGACACACACAGCGCAUAUUCCACCUCCACCGGAAGAUUCGUGGCGCCUCGUUCUGGUCUUUACGUUUUCAUGAUGUCGGCUACAGCUAAUGGAUCUCCGAAUUUCUACACUAAGUUUGUCUUCAGCAAUGGCAACUCUCAACCAAAAGUAUGGGUUGACUCUGACAGUAGUAGCCUGUAUGACAGUAGUAGUUACAUGAGUUUUGGGUGGUUGUAUGCUGGCGAUUAUGUGUACGUGGAUGCUAAAACAAUGACCACUAAUUCUAUGUUUGCGGGCUGGCAGCUGGUUAAUUCAAGUGCAAUUCAAUCAAAUCACCCAGUAUUUCUAGCUCACCUGUCCUCAAGCUCUUCGAAAACACCUGUUAUAUUUGAUAAAACUUAUUCUAACUCCCACCGUGGUUACUCGGGUAGCACUGGUAUUUUUACGGCAGAUCGAGACGGAAUUUACAUAUUUCUUUACAACAUAGAGGCUAAUCGGGGACUUGUUCGGACUAAUUUGAGAGUCAAUGGAGUAAAAACGUAUGAGACGAGAUCCGAUGGACGCCAUUCUAUUUUUGACGACACUUCCGCAGUGGCUGUUUUAGAGUUAUCCGUUAAUGAUGAAGUCUCAAUUGGAGUUGAAAAUGGAUCAGCGGAUAGCCCGGCGUCUCUUUUCUUUGGCGUUCUGCUGAUCGAAACGUAAAAAUUGCUUAUCAAUGUUUCAAAUAUAUAUUAAAAUUACCGUGGAGUGAGCCUCUUGUCCUGCAUCAGUAAACUUUACAGUUCUUUUAUAAACAAAAGAAUCGUGUGUUAUUUAGAGUCGAACGACGUAUUAGCAGAAGAACAGAACGGUUUCAGAAAAGAUAGGUCAUGCGAGGAUCACUUAUUUACUUUGAAUAGCUUAAUACUUAACGAUUCAAACUUUUAUGUCGCAUUUAUUGAUCUACAAAAAUGUUUCGACUUUGUCGACAGGGAUAUGAUGUUAUAUAAAUUGUUAAUCAAUAACAUAGAUGGUAAAGUGUAUAAUUCGAUAAAAAAUAUUUAUCAGAGCUCAGAAUCAUGUAUACGAAUUAAUGGUGUCCUCACAAAUUGGUUUGAUUGUAAAACUGGUGUAAAACAAGGUGAUAAUUAUCUCCAACCUUAUUUUCAAUUUUUAUCAAUGACCUUGCUCAGGAAAUUAAUAAUCUAGAUGUAGGAAUAGAUCGAUAUAGAAAUCGUAAAUUAUCCAUGUUAUUAUACGCAGACGAUAUUGCUUUGAUAGCCAAAUCUACAGAAGAUUUACAAUGUAUGUUAAAUAAAUUACAUGAGUGGAGUAGACGUUGGAGAGUACUUAUAAACACCAACAAGUCAAAAUGUAUGCAUUUUAGAAAAAGUAGGGCAAGAGCGACGAAUUUUGAAUUUACUAUUGGGUCUAAUAAACUAGAAACAGUUGAUAAUUAUAAGUAUCUGGGAAUAACAUUUACUUACUCGGAAAACUUUAUAGAAAAUGGAGAAAGGCUAGCUAAAGCAGGGGGACGUGCUCUUGGGAAGAUGAUUUCCUCAAUACAUAAUAAUAAAGACUUUAGGUUAAACUCAUACGAGAAAUUAUUCUACUCUUGUGUCAUUCCAGUUUUGGACUAUUCAUCCAGUGUCUGGGGGUUCAAAAAUUUCAAUCGAUAGAUAAUAUUCAAAAUAGAGCUAUUCGUUAUUUUCUUGGAGUUCAUCGUUUUUGCGCCAACUUUGUCAAUUUAUGGAGACACUGGAUGGGUACCUAGUCAAUAGACGUUGGAUUAAUGUAAUUAGAUAUUGGAAUAGAGUUUUAUCCUUUGACAAUGAACGGAUCACAAGAAAUGUAUUUGAAAUUGAUUACAACAGAUGUAGGAAUAAUUGAUGUAGUGAUUUAA